AAGAAAACGUUCAAUUGAAGAUAUUGAAGAUGAUAUUCUUGACAUUGACGAACAAAUUAAUAUUUUAAAGAAAAAAGUUACUGAACUAAUCGAAGCAAGAGAACGUUUAAGAGCAAAAAGACUAAGAAAGAAACUUAGAUUAUAUGAAACAAAUAGAGAAAUUUUAGAAUAA